CUCUGCCGGGAGGGUUAGUUCAAGACCUGCGGGGCAGUUACCAACACGGACUGUCAGCUUCCACAUAUUACUACACACACUUCUGAGGAGGGUUACUGGACCAUCUGACCCGACAGAGUGGCAACAUGAAGUCUCCCAAGCUGAAAGCACAAGCGAGUUUCAUCAACGAGGAGGACCUGAGCGAUGUGCUGUGCGAGUUCGAUGCGGUGAUCGAAGACUUCACGUCGCCGGUGGAGAAGCGACACUUCAGGUACGACGAACACCUGAAGACCAUGAAGAGGAGGAGCAGCGCCAGCGUCAGCGACAGUGGCAUCAGCGACUCUGAGAGUGCAGAAUCGCUCAACAGAAACAGCUUCAGUUUCAGCGAUGAGAGGCUGAACUCCCCGACCACGCUGUCCCCUGCCACCACCUCGCCUCCUCUUAUGUCACCCAAACCAAAACUGGGUGAUACCAAAGAACUGGAGGACUUCAUCGCCGACCUCGACAAGACAUUAGAGAACAUGUGACACUGGAAGUUCAGUCAUCCUGGAGUGUAGCCAUCAUGGAAGGAGGGAGUGGAUGUCUGGAACCCCCGCCAUCCCCCUUUGAACAGUUAAAAUGCAUCUGCCCCCCCCCACACGCACACACACACACAAAAAAGGCACCCAACAGGAUGCAGCUGGAUGCCGCAGCAACUGCCAAGUUCCUCCACCACAGCAUCAGGUUCAGCCGGCGCUCCGCUGUCUCCAGACCACACAGCGACCCGCUGUGAGGGGCUGCAGAACGGGGCAAAAUUAUCUCUGUUACCAUGACGACAAGAACUGAAAAGUUGUCAGGAGUGACGAUUUUGAUCGUACAGCAAAGAUUAACUGGAAUAUGUCAUCAGAUCUCCAAAUCUUCCCACCACACAGACCAGGCUACGCUCCCUCAUCCAAAACUUGAGCUGGAAGAGUAUUUAAAAAAAAACAGGAAAAAAGAAAGAAAAAGGCUUUUUAUAAGAGAAAUAUAUUUGUAAUUUUAUAGAGCUACUUAUUGUAAAUGUAUCACUCUUUUGGUGAAAUAUAUUUUUGUAUCAUAUGUAAAUACUAUUUGUUUCAAAUUGUAUUUGCCUCAGUAUUGACAGGACAGUCAGAUUAAGAUUUGACACAUGUUGACUGGAGUAAAGUUGAUUAAAUGUGAACUAAAAACUUAAAAACUGGAAAGCAAUAUGUGUAUUUUAUACAGCUAAUACCUGCCAGAUAUAAUAAACAAUGGAAAUAC